ACCACACAACUAACUUUUUUCACUAGCCAUGGCUAGGACCAUCUUCUUCAUCCUCUCAAUUUUCAUCAUGAUCUCAUCACACUGGCCCACCAUCCUAGCCGUUGAUUUAAGGUACCCGGCCGUCUUCAACUUCGGCGACUCGAAUUCCGAUCCCGGCGGGCUUAUCGCGGGGCUUGGAGAGCAUCUGAACCCGCCGAACGGCGAGACCUACUUCCGCAGGCCGUCCGGGCGGUUCUGCGAUGGACGGCUGAUUAUCGAUUUCUUAAUGGAUGCAAUGGAUCUUCCAUUCCUCAAUGCAUAUUUGGAUUCCGUUGGUGCUCCGAGCUUCCAGAAAGGCUGUAAUUUUGCUGCUGCUGGGUCUACUAUUCUCCCAGCGACUGCAUCAUCCGUCAGCCCAUUUUCCUUUGGAAUUCAAGUGGACCAGUUCUUCCGAUUCAAAGCUCGAGUUCUUCAGUUGGCAGGCAAGAAAGUAGAUAAAUACAUUCCUCGAGAAGAUUAUUUCAAGCAAGGGCUAUACAUGUUCGAUAUAGGCCAGAACGAUCUAGCGGGUGCAUUUUAUUCCAAAACGGAGGACCAAGUACUCGCUUCUAUCCCAACCAUUUUGCAAGAAUUCGAAAUGGGAAUUUAUAAACUAUAUGACCAAGGUGCAAGGAAGUUUUGGAUUCACAACACUGGGCCCCUUGGGUGCUUACCUCAAAAUAUUGCCACUUUUGGGAAAGAUCCGUCAAAGCUCGACGAGAUCGGAUGUGUGAGCUCACACAAUCGUGCUUCCAAGCUGUUCAAUUUGCAGCUUCAUGCUCUCUGCACAAAACUGAAAGGCAAUUUUACAGAUGGAAACGUCACUUACAUCGACAUCUUCUCAAUAAAAUUCAACCUAAUCUCAAAUUUUUCUCGAUAUGGAUUUGAACAUCCAAUUACAGCUUGUUGUGGGUACGGAGGCCCGCCGCUGAAUUACGAUAGCCGGGUCGCUUGUGGUCAAUCAAAGAUCUUGAAUGGCAGCUCAGUAAAUACAACUGUCUGCGAUGAUACUACCGAAUAUAUAAGUUGGGAUGGAAUUCAUUACACGGAAGCCGCAAAUCUUUAUAUCUCUACGCAAAUACUCACUGGAAAAUAUUCGGACCCACCCUUCUCCAAUCAGAUGCCAUUUCUUCUCAGACUCAAGUUCUAAUGGGCCAGAUAUGCUUGUAACUGACAUUAAUUCUUCUGAUCAAAAAAGGGAUACUAAUAACUCUUUCUCAAUGGAUAGCUAUGAUUAUUUAUAAUGAAA